UCUAAAGUCUCUCUUUCUUCAAUUAUUUUCUCACCAAUUUACUUUAGCGUUUAACAAUGGAGUUGGAUCUUUCACCGAGACUACCAAAGAAAGUGUACGGAGUAGACGGUGGUUCGUACUUUGCAUGGUGUCCUGAAGAGUUACCCAUGCUACGUGAUGGUAACAUUGGAGCCGCUAAGCUCGCUCUAGAGAAGUAUGGCUUAGCUCUUCCUCGCUACUCUGAUUCCUCCAAGGUCGCUUAUGUUCUUCAAGGAUCUGGAACAGCAGGAAUUGUUCUCCCUGAGAAAGAGGAGAAAGUGAUUGAGAUCAAGAAAGGAGACUCCAUAGCUUUGCCUUUCGGUGUAGUAACAUGGUGGUUCAACAAUGCAGACACUGAGCUUGUUAUUCUCUUCCUCGGUGAGACGCACAAGGGUCACAAAGCAGGACAGUUCACCGAUUUUUACCUAACCGGAUCCAAUGGGAUCUUCACCGGUUUCUCAACCGAGUUUGUAGGCAGAGCCUGGGAUCUCGACGAGACCAUCGUGAAGAAGCUUGUCGGAUCUCAGACUGGUAAUGGGAUCGUGAAGGUUGAUGCGAGUUUGAAGAUGCCUUCACCGAGGAAAGGUGACAGAGAAGGGUUUGUUCUGAACUGUUUGGAGGCUCCUCUUGAUGUUGAUAUCAAGGAUGGAGGAAGAGUUGUUGUGUUGAACACAAAGAAUCUUCCCUUGGUUGGUGAAGUUGGGUUUGGUGCUGAUCUGGUGAGGAUCGAUGGACACUCGAUGUGUUCUCCUGGAUUCUCUUGUGACUCUGCUCUUCAGGUUACAUACAUUGUUGGUGGUAGCGGUCGUGUUCAGGUGGUUGGUGCGGAUGGGAAGAGAGUUCUUGAGACACAUGUGAAAGCUGGAGCUUUGUUUAUUGUUCCUAGGUUCUUUGUUGUGUCCAAGAUUGCUGAUUCUGAUGGCUUGUCUUGGUUCUCCAUCGUGACUACUCCUGAUCCCAUUUUCACGCAUUUGGCGGGGAAGACGUCGGUGUGGAAGGCAUUGUCGCCGGAGGUUUUGCAGGCGGCUUUUAAUGUUGCUCCGGAGGUGGAGAAGGCUUUCCGAUCUAAGAGGACUUCUGAUGCCAUCUUCUUCCCUCCUUCCAACUAAAAUAUGGAAGAUGAUUUGGUGGUUUAGUUUGGUUUGUGCUUUAAUCAAGUGUUUUCUAAGCGGUCUUGGUUUUUAUUUCUUUUGGUUUGUGCUAUGGUGCAUUGUUCUCGUUGUUACGAUUUGAAUAAAUAAAGAGAAUAAAU